UUGGGCUUGAGCUGUCCUUCUCUUGCUGAUGCUGGUCUUGAUGCCCUUAACGAUUGGUCUUCCCGAAUUUGCCCAAGUAAAAUGCAGCCUUAUUACAAGGAUAUUCUACCAUCACUGGAUGGAUACUUGACUAAUCCAUCAUCUUCAGAUGACUUGCUAAGUCCUCUUGAAAUGAUGCGUCUGUCACGUGCAACCCAAAAGGGUUUUAAUAAAUAUCUUGUUCAGCAAAUAAAAAGAGCAAAAUCACUAUCAGUGAAGGAAGAGGUGUCUUUGGCAUCAGUGAGGAACCGAGUAGUGCAAAUACUUGGGUGUCUAGGAGGACAGAUUAAUCACAGCUUGGUUACAGGUAAUUUUCCAUUGAUUUCCUAAAGGAUUCAUGUUUACUGUAGUCUGUGGAAAGUCU